AUAGAUAAUUUUGAAAGCUUUGUCUCUAUCCAUUGAUUCUGAAUCCAUCCUCUGAAGAUUGAAGCAAAAAUGGCGAUUUCCAUGCCGCCAGCAAACGGGCUUCAUCAUACUUUCCCGCCGCUGUCACCACCUAUUACGUUUUCGUUCUCUCGUUCGCCUUCACUCCUUAAUGAUGUAAGAGUCAACAACAACAACCUUCACUUAGCUGCCAUUUCUUCAACCGCUACUUCUAUCCAAUUGGAAAGACAUGUCCCUUCCAUACCAUUCAGAAAGCAUCAAACACUUUCCUACACAGAAAGAAAGUCCGCCAUUGACGAGAUACAACAAUCAUCUGAUUUAGGUCAUGAUCUUGAAAGAUUGGGUUUAAUGUUAAGGGUUCAAGACCUGAAUAUAAUUUUGCGCCAUUUUGGGAAGCUAGAUAGGCGACAAGAGCUUUCUCAGCUAUUUGAUUGGAUGCAGAAACAUCAGAAGGUCAAUAUUUCUUCUUACAGUGGUUACAUGAAGUUCAUGGGGAGGAAUCUUAGCCCGUUGAAAGCUCUAGAAGUAUACGAUAGUAUAAAAGAUGAAUCAAUGAGGAUUAAUGCAUCAGUUUGUAAUUCUGUACUUAGUUGUCUCAUUAAGAAUGGCAAGUUCGAGAGCAGCAUGAGACGUUUUGAACAAAUGAAGAAAGAUGGUCUGAAAGCCGAUAUUAUUACGUAUAGUACGCUCCUUGCAGGAUGCACAAAGAUAGAAGAUGGAUAUUCCAAGGCUUUGGGUCUUGUCCAAGAACUGCAAUUCAAUGGUCUUGAACUAGAUAGUGUGACCUAUGGAACCCUACUAGCUAUUUGUGCCUCAAACAAAAAAUGCAGAGAAGCUGAGGAAUAUUUUGAACGGAUGAAGGAUGAGGGUCACUCGCCUAACCUUUUCCACUAUAGUUCUCUGCUUAAUGCUUAUUCUGCUGACGGUGAUUAUAAAAAGGCUGACAAGUUGAUUGAAGAUAUGAAAUCUUCGGGGUUAGUACCAAAUAAGCAUCCCUACAAAUCACACCUUCAACAACAAGAUCCCUUCCAUACCCAGUUCAAUAAACCCUCGACCGAUCCCACUGUUUCAUGGACCUUCUCCAUAUCUCGCCAUUGCCAAAACCGACAUUUCUUUGAAGCCGCAGAAGAACUCACCCGCAUGAGAAUUGCCGGUGUCGAACCAAAUUACAUUACAUUCGUCACUCUCCUUUCCGCAUGCGCCACUUUUUCUCCAGAAAGCUUCGCUUUUGGGACCUCGAUCCAUGCCUAUGUCCGUAAAUUAGGGGUUGACACGAAAAAUGUGAAGGUGGGAACUGCGCUUGUUGAUUUGUACUCCAAAUGUGGAUAUGCAGAUCUAGCUAGACUAAUCUUCAACGAGAUCUGCACAAAGAAUAAAGUUACUUGGAAUACCAUGAUUGCUGGCUACAUGAGGAAUGGAAGGCUUAAAGAUUCCACUGACCUGUUCUAUGAAAUGCCAGAGAGAGACAUAAUUUCCUGGACAACUUUGAUCAACGGUUUUGUUAAGAAAGAUGAAUUUAACUCCGCUUUGGAGUGGUUUCAAGACAUGCAACUCUCAGACGUGGAACCUGAUUACGUUACCUUAAUUGCAGUCCUCUCUGCAUGCUCCAAAAUGGGUGCUCUUGGUCUUGGUCAAUGGGUACAUAAAUUUGCUAUCAAGAUGGGGUUUAACAAUAAUAUCCGCAUCAAUAACUCUCUUAUCGACAUGUAUUUGAAUUGCGGGUGUACUGAAUUUGCUUGUCAAGUGUUUGAGAAAAUGUCUACAAGAAGCUUAGUCUCGUGGAAUACCAUGAUUGUUGGGUUCGCUAUGAAUGGGCUAGCUGAAAAAUCUCUUGAAUUCUUCAGCUUGAUGCAGAAAGUGGAAGGUCUUGAUCCUGAUGGAAUAAGUUUUACUGGAGCUCUUGCAGCAUGUAGCCAUGCCGGCAUGGUUAAUGAAGGACUGAACCUGUUUGAUAAAAUGAAGAAAGUAAAUAAAAUAAAACCUAGAAUUGAACACUAUGGAUGCUUGGUUGAUCUUUAUAGCCGUGCAGGGAGGAUCGAGGAUGCAUUACAGGUAGUAGAGAGAAUGCCGAUGAAACCAAAUGAGAUCGUUGUGGGAUCGCUUCUAGCUGCUUGCCGGUCUUAUGAUCAAAUUCAUUUGGCAGAAAGGUUGAUGAAAUAUCUUGUUCGGUUGGAUCCUGAUGUUGACUCGAAUUAUAUUUUGCUUUCGAACAUAUAUGCUGGUGUUGGAAGCUGGGAAGGUGCGAAUGCGGUUAGGAAGAGGAUGAAGGCGAUUGGGAUACAGAAGAAACCGGGGAUUAGUUCAAUUGAAGUGGAUGGUUAUGUUCAUGAAUUUGUGGCUGCAGAUAUGUCUCAUGCAGAUGCAAAUUUGAUUUACUCUAUGCUUGAUCUUAUGGGGAUGGAGUUGAUGGAAUCUGGUUAUUUACCUGAUAUUUAUUGAAGGGAGCUAGGUCAAGUUAUGUUGACAACUUUGCUUAAGGUAUAUAUUAGAGGAGGUUUGUUUGAAAGAUCAAGAGAGUUAUUGAGUGAGCUUGAAGUUAUGGGUUAUGCCCAGGAAGAG